UUUCUCCGUUGACUCAAGCCUGGUCGCUUGGUUUCUAAAUCACUCGAGUUUUCAUUAUAGCUGGAAGAGGAGGUUCACAGCAUGUCGAGAAAGGUAACUUCAGAGUGGAAGAAACGGGUGAAAACUGAGUACAUGAAAAUUCGGCAAAGUAAGCAACAUAAAAAGGUAGACAACGUACGUAGCGCAUGGAGUCGUAACCGACAGAAAUUGUUGGCCACUUUAGUGAAAGAUAAUGAAAGUUGGGUCGUAACAAAUGCAGCUUGGCAUCAAUGUGACGUUAGGAAGCUACCACAUGUGUCCUGUAUGAAAAUGGUAAUAGCUACGGAUCAGGACGGUAAUCAGCAGUCAAUUCCGAUACGCGUAAUUAAUGCUGUAACACAGAUACCGACAAUGUAUACAUGGGCUCCAACGCAACAGAACUUUAUGGUGGAAGACGAAACUGUUCUGCACAACAUACCAUAUAUGGGGGACGAAGUUCUUGACCAAGACGGAUCAUUCAUAGAAGAACUGAUUAAAAACUAUGAUGGGAAAGUUCAUGGCGACAAGGAGGGCAGUUUCAUAGAUGAUGCCAUAUUUGUUGACUUGGUCCAGGCUCUAGCACAGUACGCAGAUAAAAAUGUGAUGACUUCUGUUGCAGAUCCAUAUGAAGAGAAAAUUAUACCGAAAACCUGGAGCCACAAAGGAUUUAACAGUAAUAUUCAAUGUGAAGAGGUGUGUAAUAGUACCACUGUUGGUACCAACGUAGAAAAUAGGAGGAUAGCAAAGCUUACCACAGCUUUGAGUGCGCAAAUACCAAAAGUUGAUAAGAAAGACUUCCCGGAUCCUAUAGUUUUCCAAGCUAUAAGUACACAGUUCCCAGAAAGGGGAACUCCUGAAGAACUUCGGGACAAGUAUAUCGAAUUGACAGCGCAAGUAGAUCCCGAGCGUCCGCCCGAGUGUACCCCCGACAUAGAUGGCAUCCGAGCUGAAUCAGUGUCCCGCGAACAAUCGAUGCAUUCCUUUCACACUCUUUUCUGUCGUCGAUGUUUCAAAUACGACUGUUUCCUGCAUCGGUUACAAGCAUACCAUCCUGGUCCAAACCUUCAGAGACGUCGCUGGGCAGAAUUUAAAGUUCCAAACAAACCAUGUAGCAACACAUGUUUUUUACUCAUGGAUGAUAUGAAGGAAAAAAUCAUCUCUGAAAAAAUUUUUAGAAUUCAUUCGACAGUAACUGACUCUGGAAAUGAGGCUAGUUCUGAAGAUAGUAACGACGACAGUCGUUAUAGCAAAGACGUUCUAUAUUCGAAUUCGACAAAUUAUGGUAUGGCCGCAUUCGAUCAGUGUCCUGACGAACCAUGGACUGGAUCUGACAAGUCGUUUUUUCGAGUCCUGUACAAAACCUUUUCGUAUAAUUUUUGUGCGAUUGCUGAGGCAAUGAUGAUAAAAACCUGUCAACAAGUAUAUGGAUAUGCACUUCAAGAAGUAGGAGAUGUGAUGCCUAUCGAACUGGCUAAGGAUAAUACACCACCAAGGAAAAAAAAGAAGAAGCAGCGUCUCUGGGCAAUGCACUAUCGCAAAAUUCAACAACUCAAAAAAGAAAAUUCUUAUCACUUAUAUAAUUAUUCACCUUGUGACCACACUGGCCCAUGUGACGACAAAUGCCCUUGUUAUGCGCGAUUCUGCGAAAAGUUUUGCAACUGUAGCAGCGAUUGUCAAAUUCGAUUUCCUGGAUGUCGUUGCAAGGCUCAAUGCAAUACCAAACAAUGUCCUUGCUAUUUAGCUGUGCGUGAAUGCGACCCAGAUCUUUGUCAAAUGUGUGGAGCGGAACAUUACGAUCUAGGCAAAAUUACAUGCAAAAAUGUCAGCGUUCAGCGUGCUUUACAUAAGCAUUUAUUAAUGGCUCCUUCGGAUGUUGCUGGAUGGGGUAUUUUUCUCAAGGAAAGUGUGCAAAAAAAUGAGUUUAUUUCCGAAUAUUGCGGAGAAAUAAUUUCACAGGACGAAGCAGAUCGUCGUGGUAAAGUGUAUGACAAAUACAUGUGCAGUUUUCUAUUCAAUCUAAACAAUGAAUAUGUUGUAGAUGCUACCCGUAAAGGUAAUAAAAUUCGAUUCGCCAACCAUUCCAUCAAUCCCAAUUGUUACGCCAAAGUUCUGGUGGUAAACGGCGAUCAUCGCAUUGGCAUAUUUGCAAAACGAGCAAUUCAAUCCGGCGAAGAACUGUUUUUCGACUACCGUUACGGACCAACGGAACAACUUAAAUUUGUUGGAAUUGAGCGCGAGAUGGAAUUUUUAUGAAUGACCUAUGCUUUUUGAACACCCUCAAUUUCCAAAAUAAAUAAUCAGCCACAUGGCAUUAGUAAACAGA